GCCCACCCCACCCUCCUCUGGUCGCUCCCGGCGAUCACUCCGCAAGUUGGCCACUCCCAUCAAGGUGCGUUCCUUGGUAAGGGGUCUGAGUGGGCAUGAAUUAGAGAAACCCCCUACAUCUUAGGGUAACGGGCCUGACGAAUUAUGUUGUAAAUUCCAUGUUCGUGUGAUAUCUGCUCUUGAGGGAUAAAACUUCAUACAAAAACGAUGCAACAAGCUUUCAUCAACUGUUGAUCUUUGAGAAAAACCACACAUGAGAUUUGAUUGGUAGGGCAGUAGACCCCUUUACAAUUUGACAAGCAGUCAGCGGGCAUUUUCUCUAUGCAACACUCCUUCCCUACUGGUUCAGUAGUCUUAUGUGUGUGUGUGUGUUGUAGUCAGCGGAGAAGGUGGACAAGGACGAGGGAGUGACAGUUCACUCUCAGUCCCCUCUGACAGACUCUGGGAGUGCACCCACCACCACCAACACCACCCCCUCUCUCACUCCCGAUUCCUCCUCUAACCCCAGACCCUCUCACGCCCGACACAGACUCAAGUUGGGAGCGAGCUCCACUCCAGUUCGUAAGAAAACCUCCAACAGUCACAGAAAGAAAGGUCGCAAGAGAAUCCCCUUCACACUGGUGGAGGCCAGCAAAGGCAACCGCUGCCCCACCUCCGGGUGUAAUGGAGAAGGUCAUGUGACUGGAAUGUAUGCCAUGCACUACGCAGUGUCUGGUUGUCCUAUUGCUGCCAAGAACAAGGCCUCUGCGGCCCAGGCCAACAAGACUCCGAAAGGUGCGGCUGCAUCAAAAAGCCCUUCCUCCUCCUCGACUCAAGCUCCGCCCACUUCCCCCAGCAAGCCACACCCCAAGAAGCCGGCUAAAGACUCGUUGGCAAAGUCGGUCACUCGUCGAAGCAAACGACUUGUGAAUCAAUCCCCCAAUUCCGACUCCUCCCUGUCGUCCGAAGACGAUGCGUUCCAAACUCCAUCUUCCUCUACCACUACCACUCCUACCCCCCUGCCCCCCAAACGAAGGAAAAUCAGUACCCCCACGGCCCCCCGAGGGGUUCACUACGAGGCCCUCCCUCUCCUGUCCCCCUCGUCUGCCGCUGUGGUUGGAGAGGAGGAGAUGUUGCUGGAGGAGAAGAAGGUUAGGAGGAGGAGGAUUCCCUACACUCUAGUGGAGGCCAGCAAGGGUAACCGCUGCCCCACUCCUGGUUGCGAUGGUUUGGGUCACAUCACCGGGCUCUACGCCAUGCACUUUGCCCCCUCCGGCUGCCCACUGGCCCACGGCAAGACUCCCGAGGAGUGCAAAUCCCGUCGCAUCGCUCUCAACCACCUCCGACAGAAGUCCCUCCCGGCCAAGCCGCAGACAUCGCCUCCCAAGCCGCUCCGCAAGACUCCUCGUACGGGGCAGAGCUCAGUUGGUGUGACGGCCAACUCGAUCAGCGAGACACUCCUGGAGAGAAUGCACCCAGCUCCUGUUCUGAAGCCACACCCACCACCUGUGACCUCUGUGACCUCCCAGUCAUCAAUGACAUCCACCGCAACGACAUCAUCAUCAUCGGCAGUGACAUCAUCGUCUUCCCAGCAGGGGUCAUCCGUUAACCCCCUGCCCCCCUCCUCCAUCGGCCCCCUCCAGCUGGCCCGGAUCAACCAACUUUACAAUAUGAUCAUCCCCCACCAGGGAGGGGGUGGGACCUUCGGUGGGCGGGGUCUGGUGGACCUGGAGAGCCACGCCCCCACCGCUGACCUCAAUCUCUUCAAGGAAGCUCGUCGAAUCACUCAGGAGAUGUUGGGGGGAGGAGGAGGAGGAGAGGGAGGGAGCGACUAUCGACUUGGUCUGGUGGAGUUUGGCUGCCACGAGAUGAGUGUGUGGUACGCGUCCCCCUACCCUCCUGACUUCACCUGUCUCCCCAAGAUCUUCCUCUGCCAGUUCUGCCUCAAGUACUUCAAGAGCUCUGCCACUCUCCACAGACAUGCUGGACUGUGUAUGUGGCGCCACCCCCCGGGGAGGGAGAUCUACCGCAGCGGGAAGACGUCGGUCUUCGAGGUGGACGGAGAGAAACACAAGGUCUACUGCCAGAGCCUGUGUCUCAUGGCCAAGCUGUUCUUGGAGAAUAAGACACUCUACUUCGCGGUCGAGCCAUUCCUCUUCUACGUCAUGACUGAGUACGACUCCCGGGGCUGCCACAUGGUCGGAUACUUCUCAAAGGAGAAGCAUUCGGCUCAAAACUACAACCUCUCUUGCAUUCUGGUCCUGCCCCAACACAUGAGGAAGGGAUACGGGAAAAUGCUCAUUGAAUUCAGCUACCUGUUGACACGACGUGAGGAGAAGGUGGGGUCACCUGAGCGACCUCUGUCGGACCUGGGUCUCAUCUCCUACCGCAGCUACUGGAGGGAGGUCAUCCUCACACACAUGUUGAAACUCUCCCCCUCCCCCUCCUCCUCCUCCUCCUCCUCUUCCUCUCGCUCCAGCUGCUCUGAGUUCUCUGUCAAAGAGUUGAGUCAGGAAUCAGGUAUCAAGUGUGACGAUCUAGUCUCCACCAUGCAGUACUACGGCCUCCUCAAAUACUGGAAGGGAAAACACAUCGUCCUCAGGAGAAAGGAGGUGCUGGAUGAACAUGCCAAGAAGUUGGAGAGUCGCAAGGGAAGUCCCGCGACCCUUGACCCCUCCUGUCUGCAGUGGACUCCCAAAACCUAUCCCAUGUACACCUAGAGACUGCACCGACUAACCACAGUCAUGCAUAGCUACACGUUUUUGUACAUUAGUCAUGAACCCAUGUGUUUGCGCCGUUUGUGACACGCAUGCGCAUAUGGAGGGGAACACAAAAUGCCACGCCCAAUGCUGGGAGGACUGGACCUCUAGCGAAGGUGGCGACCUGUGACCACGCGAAGAGACAACGUCGACUCGCCUUGUCGUCGCAAGAAAAUUACUUUGUAAGGCGUUCCUGAGCGGUUUUUUAGCCCUGUGUUAUCAGCUAUAGAUUGGGCAACCUGUUCACGAUGGCGGGCAGCGGAGAGCCCGUGGAGAUCACCGCACUGAACUCUACCCUUGGUCUCGUAACUGCGGCCGUAACGGUGCAGGGACCUCCGCAAUGGUUUUGCCAACUGCCUCGUGGAAAAGAGCGUUCAUUACUCAGCGAGACGCUCAGGACAUACUCUGUACGACCUGGAGUGCCUCCUUCUCGACAGCCGGCCUGCUGUUGGACAGUGUUUUUACGAAAAUACGAGCGUCAGAUGAGAGAAGACGCCUGGUUUAUUACAUUGUUGGCAUAUUCUCUCGUGACCUGGCAUAUAAGGACCUGGUGGAGAAGUUAAUGGAGAGAGGUAUGUACGCACAUACU